UGCCAAGACUUCCCUCCUUUCGACUUGGACCAACACCAAAGACAUCGACAUGAGCUCCGCAGCCUCGUCCAGCUCAACCAUUUCAUCGGCUCCCGAUGUCAGAUGGUCGGUCAGCAUUUACACGGAGAAGCCUGCUCGCCUGCCCCUUCUCAACUCCAAUCCAGACUCCCCACAUUGCCUCGUCUUCAUCGGAGGUCUCACCGACAGCUUAGGCACAGUCCCCUUUCUCAAUCGCAUCGCACAGGGCAUCGCACCCUAUGGCUUCUCUGUAGUACAGCUUCAGCUCAGCAGCGCGCUAGGCGGCUUCGGGGUCUGCAGUCUAGAGGGCGAUGCAGAGGAGAUCGCCAUGGCUGUCAUGUUCCUCAGAUCGAAGGGCAAGGACAAGAUCAUUCUCAUGGGUCACUCGACUGGAUCGCAGGAUGUGAUGGAGUACCUGAGCUACCCUGGAGGCAGUACAGCAAGAGGCAACGGCGCCAAGGUUGACGGCGCCAUCCUGCAAGGCCCUGUCUCUGAUCGAGAGGCCUUUGAAGGAAUGGAAGCAGGAGAGCAUCGCAAGGGACUGGAAGAGAAGCUAGUCUUGGCGACUAGCCUUGUCAAAGAGGGCAAAGGCAGUCAGCUGCUACCUCGCGACAUCCCGGUUCAGCGAAGACCGGAAGCCGGAGGCUCGAAAGAGCAGCUGGGUAAUGUAGAUGCAGUAUAUGAUUCUCCCAUGACGGCGUACCGCUUUUGGUCACUCUACGCAAAGGGGGGCGACGAUGACUAUUUCUCAACGGAUCUUGGCAAAGAGAGGACAAGUGCGAUCUGGGAUGCUGCUGGGAGCGGAUUGGGUGCGGACAGCGGAGGCUAUGUUCUGGCCCUGGUCGGCGCUGAAGAGUGAGUCCAAUGUCCAAGAGGGUGUGACCGCGUAUCGAGGCUGACAGACGACCCUACCAGUGAGCAUAUAUCGCGACCCCAGAUUACGCCGGAGAAGAUCGUGGACACCUGGGCCGCAUCUUACAACGGCACCAAGUGCCGCUUUGAGGUUCUGGCCUCUGCGAACCAUCGAGCCGAUGCCGCCGAGGCGCAGGUGAUGUUAGUGGCCAAGAUACGGGAGCUGAUCAAGGCACUGGGCGUACCCUUACGAGGUGGACGUGCUCCUGCUCCGAGGGGUCCUCCA